UUCACUCCCUCAUCACAGAGCAAGGCACAAGACCUCUCUCUCAUCGAUGGAGCGUUCCGCUUGGCCCAAGAACCUCUCCUCAAGCCGCAAGCACGCGAUCAAGGAGCUCCUCCAUGGCCAGAAUCGCACGAAGAAGCUCAGAGAUCUCUUCGACGCUCACUCUCAAACUGGCAAUAACACUGGGCAGCCCUUGUUUGCGGAAGAUCUGAUCGUCAACGCCCUCAGGUCGUUCAGCAACACCCUAUCCCUAUCGAGCAGCUCCGAGUCCUACGAGGUCUUCCCGGUCCCGACCAACGCCUGUGUCAUGUCCGAGGUCUCCGAGGAGAAUGAGAGUAUCAACACCCCGGUCCCGAGAAAGACUUCAGAAACAUGGACCGAAGUGAUUUCUAAUUUCAUGGACGAUGGGUUCUCAUGGAGGAAUUAUGUUGAGACAUGGCUUCAGAACUCCGAAUUCCCCAGGUACAUCUUCACAAAUGAUAUACAUUUUCUUAAAUAUAUCUCAUGA